AUGCGGAACGAACAUCAGGAUCUACUUGGGGAGGCUAUGGAUGAGGAAGAACAGGCAGAGAUUGUUGCAAAUCUCGUGAAUGAGGUCAUCGAUAUUAGUUCUGAUGAGGAAUCUCUGGAGGCCCAAGAUGAUGACGAAGGACCCCCGGUGGCGUCCGACAGUGAUGGGGACCACAAGGAGUCAUGGAUUUGGAGGCCAAAGAAUUCUGAGCAAGGCCGAAGAAGGAACUUAUGGAUGAAGAGAUAUAUGGUGAAUACACGAAGACUACGGGACGCAGCUCAUGGGAGAAGAGAAGAAGAUAAUCCCGAAGAUCAGGGUGAUCGCAGAAAUCACUCAGGAGGGAAUGGAAGAUACGUCGGGGAAUUGAGCUCCAAUGAAGACCGAUUCGAGCGAAUGGAGCGAUUUUUAGAAAACAUGCUGACAUACACUGAGAAACUACUGCAACAUCUCCAAUGCAGCGAAGAGGAGAAAGUGAGGUGUGCAACCUACACGUCGGAAGAAGCAGGUCGGUGGUGGCAAUCUACCGAGCGUUCUAUAAUGAGGUCUCAACAGGAACGUGAGGCUGAAGAUGAAGAUGUGCCAAUGUAUACUUGGGCUGGAUUCAAGGAAGAGUUUAACGCCAAGUAUUUUCCCAAGAGCUGGAAGGAAGAAAGAAUCUGGGAGUUUAUGAGGCUCAGGCAAACGGAUGAGAUGUCUCAAGUUUUAAGUGGAUGGGACAUUGAAACCUACAAAGAAGCAUUGUACCGAGCUUUAACCAUUGAGAGGAAUCUGACGCGAGCUAAGAUAAUCAAGUCAGAGGAAGAAAGUAAGGGCGGUAAACCAGGAAGUUCGAUAACUCAACCAAGGGACGACGGGAAGUGCCCUCGAUGUAAGAGGAAACACCCUGGGAAGAGGUGUGUCUUGAGGUGCUAUGGAUGCGGCGAAGAAGGCCACAUCGGGAGAAACUGCCCGAAGAUUAAAGGAACGCCUCAAGCUGGGUAUCAGGGAAAAAUGGUGUGCUACAACUGCGGUCAACUAGGGCAUAUCUCGCGAGAUUGCUCGAAAAGACAAAAGAUGGAACCACCAAGUGGAAGUGCGCAAAAUGUUCGUCCGGGUCGGGUGUACAAUCUAACUUGUGAGGACGCUGAGGCCGAUCCUGCAAUUAUUGAAGGUACACUGUUCUUCUCAAAUACUCUAGUUCAUGCUUUAAUAGAUCCAGGUGCUACGCAUUCAUUCGUUUCGCAUGCGUCAGUAGAAGGUUUAAAGUUAGAACCUAGGGAAUUGGGCUACCAAAUGGUAAUAGCUACACCGAUGGGUUCGACCCUAAGAACUACGGUGGGGUGUCAUGGGUGUAUUUUCAAUAUGGGAGGGGAAAAUUUCAAGAUCGAUUUAGUGGUGUUAGACAUACAAGAUUUUGACAUAAUUAUAGGAAUGGAUUUGCUAUCGCUACAUGAGGCUAAGAUAGAUUAUAAGAGUAAGAUCGUGAGCUUACCUAAGUCAAACGGAGAGUGGAUCAUGUUUCAAGGCCAGGAUAGGAAGAUUAAGAGGGAACGUGGCGUGACUUUGCAAGCAUUGCAAAUAGCCAAACCUGAAUCAGGAAAGAAAAGUCUUGAGUUGGAAUCAGUGAGGGUCGUGAAAGAGUAUCCUGAGGUUUUUCCCGAGGAAUUACCAGGAUUACCUCCCCAAAGAGAAAUUGAAUUCUUGAUAGACCUUGUACCAGGUACACAGCCAAUAUCCAUACCUCCGUACAAGAUGGCCCCAGCUGAGAUGAGAGAGUUGAAGGAGCAGUUGCAAGACUUGACCGACAAACGAUUCAUUAGACCAAGUGUGUCGCCUUGGGGAGCACCGAUAUUGUUCGUAAAGAAGAAAGAUGGUACUUUGCGGAUGUACACUGACUACCGACAGUUAAAUAAGGUAACCAUAAAGAAUAAGUAUCCGUUGCCUAGGAUUGAAGAAUUGUUUGACCAACUUCAAGGAGCUAGGGUAUUUUCUAAGAUAGACCUUCGGUCAGGGUAUUAUCAGAUGAAGAUCAAACCGGAAGAUGUACCCAAGACUGCAUUUUUAUCACGGUAUGGUUACUACGAAUAUCUAGUGAUGCCGUUUGGAUUGACCAAUGCACCUGCUGCAUUUAUGGAUUUGAUGAAUCAAACUUUUAGACCUUUCCUGGAUAAAUUCGUAAUAGUGUUCAUAGAUGAUAUUUUGAUAUACUCUACAAGUGAGAGUGACCAUGAAGAACAUUUAAGGGUAGUCUUGCAGACUUUAAAGGACCAUAAGUUGUACGCCAAGUUCUCGAAGUGUGAAUUUUGGCUUACUCAAGUAGCAUUUCUUGGACAUAUAAUUUCUGCUGAGGGUAUAGCUGUCGAUCCGGCAAAGAUAGAAGCGGUUCAAAAGUGGCAAGCACCUAACACCAUUGGGGAAAUCCGAAGUUUUCUUGGACUAGCUGGAUACUACAGAAGAUUUGUAGAAGGAUUUUCAAAGAUAUCUGCUCCACUUACUCGAUUGACGCAAAAGGAAGUUAAAUUUGAAUGGGAUGAUAAAUGUAAGCAAAGUUUUCAAGAGCUUAAGGCGCGGUUAACUACGACACCGAUUCUAGCAAUGCCAACAGAGUCGGGAAAGUUUGUGGUGUAUAGUGAUGCUUUUGGGAUAGGAUUGGGAUGUGUUUUAAUGCAAGAUGAGAAAGUAAUCGCUUACGGAUCUCGGCAACUGAAGAGGCAUGCGUAG